AAACAAAAAUUGACAAAAAAAAGUGUCUAUAUAAACCCCUCGUGUCUCACGAAAAUCCUUUCUUUCUUUUCGCUAUCCGGGCAAUUUCAGCAAAGAUUUUAGGUGUGCACGAAGAAAACCGUGCGUAAAUAAGAAAUGCAAUCCUGACUAGUACUCAAAUAACAUGCAAUUUUCCAAAAAAUUGAGCAUUUUUCUGUAGAAGAACAUAUAUUUGAGUUGUAAACAUGAUGGAAAUCGACACAACAAGUUCGCGAGCCAAUAAUAUCAUGAUGGUGGAAGUCAACACUGGAAAUUCACGGGUCAAUGAGAAACGGCCCUUAGAACUGUCUUCACCUGCAAAAGAAGCAAGAAAGCAUCCUGACAACAAUGGUGGUAACACCACUGUAUUUAUUAACCAUGGCGCAAUUGCUUGGAACGAGAGCAGAAGAAAAUGGGUCGGAGAUCAAUCUCAAAGAUCCCGAAGAGGAAGAACGCCAGAAGAUCCAGUCAUAAGCUGGUCAACUACUUAUGAGGAUCUGCUCUCAAAUAACGACCACUUUCCGGAGCCAAUCCCUUUGCCCGAGAUGGUAGACUUCUUAGUUGACAUAUGGCUUGAUGAAGGUUUGUAUGAUUAGAUGAUCAAUCAGAAUCCAUUGUUGCAGUAGAAGAAUUACACUACAGCUCACACAUACAGUCUGAUUUUUUAGCCGAUUGCGCUGGUUGUUAAUUUAUUAAUAAACUCGGGUUGGACGCGCAUUGUUUAUCUAUCUGUUGAUUAUAUGUUUUCUGGUAAGUUGUAACAUGGUAGCAUAAGUAUGGCUUUCUAGUAGCUUGUAAAAGACCAAGUGGUAGCCUUGUAACUAGAUUUCAUGUAUUUCUAUUUUCUAGUAAUCUUUUUUUGUGUUUAUGCUACUUAUUUGCCCAUGAAA